AUGGGUAAUGAUACAAGUAGUCAAAAAUCUUCUCUUCGUAUUUCAAAGUCAAAUCUUAUUCAAAAAUUUACUGGAUCUUCUUAUGUGAAUAGAGAAGAUGUAACAUUAAUUUGGUUAGAUAAAACUAUUGAUACAACACGAACAACAUUACGUGAAAUGACUGAUUAUGUUCUACUUUAUACUGAAAUUGAACCAUGCAUAACAUAUAUUCGUUCAAUAACUAAUGAACGUAUAUUUUUGAUUGUAUCUGGUGAUUAUGCUGAAUUAUGUCUUAGUGAAAUUCAUGAUUUACCACAAAUUGAUAUAAUAUUUAUUUUUUGUAUGAAUUUAUCAUCAAUUGAUAAAGAUAAGUUAGUUGAUAUGAAUUCCUAUACGAAAAUUAUUGAUAUAUUUGAUAAUGAAGAUAAAAUAAUACAAUCAAUACGAGAAGAAUUAACUGAUUUACAAAAACGAUUAUUAACAUUUAGUAUUUAUGAUAAACAAACAUCAAUAAAAGAUUUAUCAAAAGAAUCCGCAUUAUUUCUUUGGUUUCAAUUAUUUAAAGAUAUUAUUUUUCAAUUACCAAAAUCGGAAGAAAAUAAAUAUGAAAUGAUUGAACAAUGUCGACAAUAUUAUCAUGGAAAUCAAGAAGAACUUACAAAUAUUGAAAAAUUUGCUCAAACAUAUACAGAACAAGAUGCAAUACAUUGGUAUACGAAACAAUGUUUUAUUUCUCGUUUAUGUAAUAAAGCGUUACGAACGCAAGAUAUUGAAUUAUUAUAUAUAUUUCGGUAUUAUAUUCAAGAUUUACAUAAGCGUUUAUCUGUUGAACAUCAAUCAUUCCGAAAUACAGAGUUAAACCCACCAAUAUUAACAUUAUAUCGUGGUUUAAAAUUAACUCAUGAUGAUAUAACUCAUUUUCAAUCGAAUAUUGAUUCAUUAGUAUUAAUGAAUGGGUUUUUCUUUACAACACGUAAUUAUAAUCUAGAAUUAGAAUCUGCAUUAAAAUUGUCAAAACAUUCUGUUAAUAUUUUACCAACAUUAUUAAUAAUUCAAGUGAAUGCACAACUCGAUCAUGUUAUAUUUGCAAAAAUAUCAUCACAAAUUAAUAAUUCAAAUGAAGAUGAAAUUUUAUUUGAUAUUGAUUGUGCAUUUAAAAUACAUGAAGUUUAUUUUAAUAAUAAAAAAAAUGUAUGGAUUAUAACGAUGAGUUUAACAAAUGAAAAUCGACUUAUUGCUGGAAAAUAUAUUGAAGCAAAUAAACGUGAAAUAGAACAAGGAAAUGUUUUACUUAUAUUUGGUUUAUUAUUAACUGAAAUGGAAAAAUAUCAACAAGCACAAAUUUAUUAUGAAAAAUUACUUUUAACAAAUAUAAUUGAUGAUAAAGCAGCAUUAUAUACAAAUACGGGUCGUAUUAAAUUUCAACAAGGUUUAUUUAAUGAAGCCGUUAAAGAUUUUCAUAACGUUUAUGAUAUUCAACUAGAACAAAAACCAAAAAAUUAUUUUAAUUUAGCACGAACAAUGAAUACACUUGGAUUAAUUUAUAUUGAAGAAAAAAAUUAUGACCUAGCACUUGAUUAUCAUUUUGAUGUUCUUAAAACAUAUAAACAACAUAUUGGAAUAUCCGAAUUAUUAUUAGCAAAUAGUAAUGAUUCCAUUGGUAUUAUAUUUACACAUAAACAUGAUUAUGAUCAAGCAUUAAAAUAUUUAUUUCGUGCAAUGAAACUUUAUGAAAAAUAUUUACCAAAUAAAGAUCAUCCAACAAUGGCAACAAAUUAUAAUAAUAUCGGUUUAGUAUUUUAUUAUACAAAACAACAUGGUCAAGCAUUAGAAUAUUGUUUAGAAGCAUUAACAAUACGUGAAAAAGUUUUACCAAUAACUCAUACACAUAUUGCUGAUAGUUAUAAUAAUGUUGCACUUGUUUAUCAUCAUUUAUUUGAAUAUGAUAAAGCAUUUCAUUUAUUUCAACGUUCAUUACAAAUCUAUGAGAAUGAUUAUAAUCAAAAAAUGAGGAUACCAAUAUGUUUAAAUAAUAUUGGAUUAUUAUAUUUAGAUCAAUAUAAAUAUGAUGAAGCAAUUGAAUAUUAUUUAAAAGCAUUAGAUAUAUAUAUUAAUGAAAAUGAUGAACAACAAUUUCAAGAAGAACUUUGUUUUACACUUAAUAAUUUAGGUGUUGCAUAUGAAAUGAAAUGUGAUUAUGAUAAUGCAUUGAAAUAUUAUGAACUCGUAUUAGAAGAACAACGAGAAGAUUCAGAAAAAUUUGGUAGAUUAUUAGUCAAAAUAGGAAAUAUUUAUCAUAAAAAAGGCGACAAUGAUCAAGCAUUAAAUUAUUAUGAUAAUGCUCUUAAUAGAAGUCAAAAUUAUUCAUCGGAUCUUCUAUCGUCUAUUCUUAUGUCUAUGGGUAUUAUUUAUCAUCGACAACGUCAAUAUGAUUUAUCACUUGACACAUAUAAACGUGUUGUAUCGAUACAUAAACAUGAUCAAUUAAAUCAUGAACUUGAUUUAGCAUGGACAUAUAAUAACAUUGGUUGUCUAUAUGAUGACAUGGGUGAUAUGAAACGAGCACUUCGAUAUCAACAAAAAGCGUAUGAUAUACGACGACAAUUUUUACAAUCAACACAUCCUGAUUUAGCAAUAAGUUUAAAUAAUUUAGGACGUAUUCAUCAAACAUUAGCUCAUCGUUCAGGUGGAAAUCCAUUUGAAUGUGAACAAGCAUUACAAAAUUAUAAAGCUGCACUACAUAUUCGACGAAAAUCUUUACCUAUGGAUCAUCCUGAUUUAGCAAUAUCUUAUUAUAAUCUUGCAUUAAUACAUGUUGAUCAACAAGAAUAUGAACAAGCAUAUAGUGAAAUACAAAAAGCAUUGAAAAUACAAACAAAAAAACUGCCUGCUGAUCAUCCGGAUUUAGAACAGACAUUAAAACUUGAAAGACAAGUUAAAAUAUUGCUUGAUUAUCGUAUGAGUCUUGCAAGAUAUAGAUGA